AUGAUUCCGGCAUUACGUUCGAUCGAUAGUCUUUUCAAUCGAUUUGAUGAAUUAUCAAAGUGCCAUAAAAACUUUUUAUCUGAUUUCGAUAACAAAAUUUCUGUCGCAAAAAACCCACUACGAGAUAUUGUUCGUUCAGAAGAAGAACAACAAAAAUCAACAAAAGAUAUUUUAUUUGCGAUUACUAAAAAUGAUAAAAAAAUAGGAUCGAUUAAAACAUUAGAAGAUUUUCACCGCAAUAUCAUAAAAAAUCGAUAUCUUCAUCGACCACCAAAUUAUGCGCCCAGUGAUAAACCAUUAUUCAAUCGUACAAUAUCAAGAACAUCUUCAAUGGCUACUGAAUCGACUACACUUUCAAAUACAUCAGAAACAAUUGUGAACCCGCCGCUUGUAUCUCAACUAUCAGUAGGACCAAUAUCAAAUAAAAAUAUCGAUGAAGUAAAAGUUCAUGUAUCAACGAAUAUCAAACCAAAAUGUCUACAACAGAAUUCAUCGCCUACAAAACGAUCUACACGCAGUAAAAUCAAAGUAUUCAGUAUGGAAACUGUUAAUCGUCUUUCAAAACCAAAGAUUUAUCAUCAAAUGCCUAGUGAAAAACCAAGAAAAAAAUAUAUCCAACGGCGACCAAAACGUCGCGAAAAUGUGACAAAAGAUAAGUUGAAAUGCUCUACGUCAUCAUUCAUUUCACUACCACCUAUAAAACGAACAAAAGCCACAAAAAUAGAAUCCGUUUCUAAAUGGUCUAAAAUAAAAAACAAUACUCAAACGCAAAACCCGCAAAAAAAGCCUACAGCAGAUUUUUCGUCUGGCCCAUUUGCUGUUAUUACAACGGUACCUAUUCUUCGUCUUACGUUUCCCACGCAUUUAGAACAGCAACUACCGCCACUGGGCGUCUUACCGAAAAUAAUUACCAAAAACAAACGAUGGACGGCGCAUUCUUUAGCAUGA